AGCACAAGCCGCACCGCAAUUAGCCGCGACCCUCCGCAGAAUCGGCUCACGUUUCCGAUCCAGAGGUCCAGACUGUUCCCCGAGUUUUCCCACUGUGUCCUCUCCUCGCGAGUCCCGGCGAAGCAGGCGAACCGCGAACAUGUGCCCCACCGGCAGGUACCUGGGGCUCGACCUCUCCGGCGCUGGCGGCGACCUGAGGCCGGCGUUCGACGUGCUUGACGCGGACCGGGACGGCCGGAUCAGCCGGGACGACCUCAAGUCCUUCUACGCCGCCGCGGGGCCCGCCGCCGGCGACCGGUUCGACGACGACGACCUCGCGGCCAUGAUCGCGGCCGCCGACGCCGACCGCGACGGCUUCGUGCAGUACGACGAGUUCGAGCGCCUGCUGGCCGGCCGCGCCGCGGCGGCCGCCGCCGCCGCGGGAGGCGCUGGGCGCCGCUCCGCCAUGGAGGGCGCCUUCCGGCUCAUGGACCGGGACGGGGACGGUAUGGUCGGCUUCGAGGACCUCAAGGCCUACCUCGACUGGGCCGGGAUGCCCGCGGCGGACGAGGAGGUCCGCGCCAUGAUCCGCGUCGCUGGCGGAGGGGACGGCGGUGAAGGCGUGGGGCUCGAGGCGCUAGCCGGAGUGCUCGCGGUCGACCUGGAAGGCAUCGCCUUUUGAUUUUGAGAGAUCCAUGGGCUGUUGUGCGGAGUACUGUAUUCUUUUUCUUGGGGUUUUCGGUUGGUGAGCGUGGUGCGUUGUCUGUCGAUUGUCUGUGGUUGACUGGGGUUCACGGAGGACCAUUCAAAACGAGAUAAAAAGUUCGCAUGAUGGCCGUUUGAGAUGCUUUCUCUGGACCCGACAAUCAUAUAUCAGACAUUGCAAAGUCCAAUGGGAGUUUAUAUC